UUUUUUCUUUCCUACAAACCAAAAAAAAAUAAAAAAUACUUUGCCAUUUCCUAUGAUCAAAAAAAUAUUUAUUUAUGCAAAAACUAUAUUCCACAUUAAUCCUUUCCAUUUUUAUCACAAUUCCUAACUGCCAUUCACCUAUAUCCCACAAGUCCCUCCCAUAUACAAUAUAUAACAUAUAUAUCCACGUAACGCAACUCAAGAGAUCUAUCUAACAAUCUAUCUAUCUCUUGAAACACAACAAUAUAUAUAAUUAACCUUAAUCAACCUCAAUUUCUUCAUCAUGGAGUUUUCAAAUGGAGAUAAUAGCAAUGGUAGUAACGGUUCUUCCAUGAAUCUUCGCAAUGGUGGAACAAAAACUAGUAACAACAAUGACCCUUUGAAUUGGGGUAUAGCUGCAGAUUCUAUGAAGGGUAGUCACCUAGAUGAGGUGAAGCGUAUGGUAGAGGAAUACCGGAAACCGGUUGUGCCCUUAGGUGGAAAAGGUUUAACAAUAGCACAAGUGGCUGCGGUUGCAACUUAUAGUACCGGUGUGGCGGUUGAACUAGCGGAAGAGGCACGCUCCGGCGUUAAAGCUAGUAGUGAUUGGGUGGUUGAUAGUAUGAAUAAAGGGACUGAUAGCUAUGGUGUGACCACUGGGUUUGGUGCAACCUCACACAGAAGAACAAAUAAAGGUAGUGCCCUUCAAAGUGAACUCAUCAGAUUUCUGAAUGCUGGAAUUUUCGGCAAUGGAACAGAAGCAUCUCAGACAUUACCUCCCACAGCCACAAGAGCAGGCAUGUUGGUUAGAAUCAACACAUUGCUUCAAGGAUAUUCAGGAAUCAGAUUUGAAAUCAUGGAAGCUAUAGCAAAAUUUCUGAACCAUAACAUAACACCAUGUCUUCCAUUAAGAGGUACAAUCACUGCAUCAGGUGAUUUAAUUCCUUUAUCAUAUGUUGCUGGCCUUUUAAUUGGAAGGCCAAAUUCAAAAUCUAUUGGACCUAAUGGACAAGUUCUGAAUGCUCAAGAGGCUUUUCAACUAGCUGGAAUUGAAACUGGUUUCUUUGAGUUGCAACCUAAAGAAGGUUUAGCACUAGUGAAUGGUACUGCAGUUGGAUCAGGUUUGGCUUCAUUGGUUCUUUUUGAUACAAAUUUACUAGUUGUUCUCUCGGAAAUUUUGUCUGCGAUUUUCGCGGAAGUUAUGCUAGGAAAACCUCAAUUCACUGACCAUUUAAUUCAUAAAGUGAAACUUCAUCCUGGUCAAAUUGAGGCUGCUGCUAUUAUGGAACAUAUUUUAGAUGGAAGUUAUUAUGGUAAGGCUGCACAAAAAGUACAUGAGAUUAAUCCACUUCAGAAGCCCAAACAAGAUAGAUACGCGAUUCGAACAUCACCGCAGUGGCUUGGACCGCAGAUUGAAGUGAUUCGAUACGCAACAAAGAUGAUUGAGAGGGAGAUAAAUUCCGUGAAUGACAAUCCACUUAUUGAUGUUUCAAGGGAUAAGGCACUUCAUGGAGGAAAUUUCCAAGGUACACCGAUUGGUGUAUCGAUGGAUAACACUCGUUUAGCCAUUGCUGCCAUUGGUAAACUUAUGUUUGCUCAAUUCACUGAGCUUGUGAAUGACAUCUAUAACAACGGAUUGCCUUCAAGUCUCACUGCUAGCCGCAAUCCAAGUUUGGAUUACGGCUUCAAAGGAGCAGAAGUUGCAAUGGCAUCCUAUUGUUCAGAACUUCAAUACCUUGCUAGUCCUGUCACCACUCAUGUCCAAAGUGCUGAACAACAUAACCAAGAUGUUAACUCUUUAGGCUUGAUCUCAGCAAGAAAAACAGCUGAAGCAGUUGAAAUAUGGAAGCUGAUGUCAUCCACUUUCUUAGUUGCAUUGUGCCAAGCCAUUGAUCUAAGGCACAUUGAGGAAAACUUCAAAAGUGUUGUCAAGAACACUGUAAGUCAAGUAGCCAAGAGAAUUCUAACAGUUGGUGUCAAUGGUGAGUUGCAUCCAUCAAGGUUUUGUGAGAAGGAUUUACUCAAUGUUGUUGAAGGUGAGUAUGUUUUCACUUACAUUGAUGACCCUUGCAGUCCUAUAUAUCCUCUAAUGCAGAAGCUGAGAUAUGUACUAGUUGAUCAUGCAUUGCAAAAUGGUGAUAAGGAGGCAAAUUCAAGCACCUCGAUUUUCCAAAAGAUUGGAGCUUUUGAGGAAGAGCUUAAGGCCCUUUUGCCUAAAGAGGUGGAAAAUGCUAGGGUUGAAAUUGAAAAUGGAAACCCUGCAGUUCCUAAUAUGAUCAAGGAAUGUAGAUCAUAUCCAUUGUACAAGUUCAUGAGAGAAACUUUAGGGACAAGUUUGCUGACAGGUGAGAAAAUUAGGUCACCUGGUGAGGACUGUGAUAAGGUUUUCACAGCAAUGUGUGAUGGAAGGUUUAUUGAUCCCAUGUUGGAUUGUCUAAAGGAGUGGAAUGGUGUUCCUCUACCUAUCUGCUAGGAUUGUGCUACUCUAAUGUAAUUUUUUUCUUUCUUUCUUUCUAUUUCAAAGACUUUGUUUUUCCUUUUUCAUGUAAUGUUUAUUUUAUGAUGUUGGGCAUGUAUUUUAAACUACGAUAACAAUCUGUAUGAUUUGAUGUUAUAUUAUAUGAAUACGUUCUUUGUGUGCAA